CUAAAUCCAUUUUCGAACACAUCCGUAAUCGUUGCUACUUUUUUGGUUAGCAACACCGUCUAGCGAUGUCUGAUGAGGAAGUGAUACGCCGCCGGCUGCUCAUAGACGGCGAUGGGACCGGGGACGACCGUAGAAUUAACAUGCUAAUGAAGUCGUUUAUAAAAUGGAUCAACAGCUCCGACGUGGACAACACGCUGCACGAGAGGAUGCUGUCGCAGCUGGCGCAGUGCGAAUUCGCGCAGAAGAAGUCCCGGCUGGUCUCCAACAUGAGCCGAGAGGAGCUGAAGAGCUACGAGCAGCUGUCAAAGGGGAUCGAGGUACAAAUAGAGAAGGCCAAGGAGGACAUAGAGAAGACCAAGGCGGACCUGCAGGACGCCAAGCGCGUGAGAAAGAACAGAAUAGAGUACGACGUACUGGCCAAAGUCAUUAACGAGCAGCCGGACCGGUUGGAUACGCACAUCAAGCUUGACACGUUGCAGCAUGAGUUGGGCGCUCUAAAGGAGAAGUCGGAACACUUGGAGCACAAGCUGGAGAUGCGCCGUAAGCAGUUCCACGUUUUGAUAUCCUCCAUUCACUCUCUGCAAGGAAUGUUGGACGAGGGCAAUGAGGAUGUGAUGGACGUGAGCCUCGAGAAUGACAUGGGGAGCGCGGAUGUGCAAAUGAUGGGCGACAAUUCGUGAGUACCUCUGUUGCCUCCAACCGUCUGUAAAAGUCGAGGAGCGUGUGGGAACCACAAGUGAUGGUGGUUACAACAGGAUGGAAGAGCGGGCCAUCCGAGUGUGCCUGUCGAGGAUAUUACGGUUUAGCGGUGCGCACUGCCAACAUGUACAUACUUCUUUGUAUUUUAUCUACUCCAAUAUACAUAAGUAGAUAAACGUAAUUUAUGUACACUCUAAGAAAGGAAGGAAGAGCCAUGACACAA